GAGGCGGCUGCUGUUUAUUUGCCGCUGGCCCGGCGGAGCAGCGCGGGAGGAGGAGGAGGAGGGAGAGGCUCGUGCCUCCCUUCGGGCGCGAUGCGGGCGCCGAGCAGAGCAAAGCCGCCGCCGCUGCUGCUCUCGGAGGCUCCCCGGCUGCUUCUGCUGCUGUGGGCAUGUCCAGGCGAAGAAAGAGGAGGAGGAGGCGGCGAGGAGGAAGGCGAGGGCGACGGCAGGUAGCCCCAGCAGGAGCAGAAGCAGCAGCAGCAGCGUCAGGCUGAGCAUGGCAGCGGCGUUGGGGAAGCGGGGCAGCCGGGAUGCCCGGCUCUCUUGCCCGCAGCAGCGCCUUCCUCCUCCUCCUCCUCCUCCUCCUUGGGGGCGUGCGCGGGCUCUGGGGGCGCUGGUGGCGGCGGGCGCCUCGGCGCUGUGCUACUGGGGCGCCCUGGGCGGAGAGUUCGUGCACGACGACGUCUGGGCCAUCCUCCACAACCGGGACGUGCGGCCGGGCGCCCCGCUCAGCGCUGCCUUCGCCGACGACUUCUGGGGCAAAGGCAUGGGCGAGAACACCAGCCACAAGUCCUACCGCCCGCUCUGCGUCCUCACCUUCAGGCUGAAUAUAAUGUUGGCUGGGAUGAAUCCCUUUUAUUUCCACGCCGUGAAUGUAGCCCUGCACUGCCUGGUGACACUUAUGCUGAUGUAUACUUGUGACAAAGCCGUUUUCAAGGACAGCCGCCUGUCUUUUGUCACAGCUCUCUUCUUUGCUGUCCAUCCUAUUCACACAGAAGCCGUAACGGGUAUAGUAGGCAGAGCGGACGUAUUGGCCUGCCUCCUAUUUCUUUUGGCUUUUCUCUCCUAUAAUAGGAGCGUGGAUCAGCUUUAUGUUGGGGAACAUUUCCCUCCCACUGCCUCUCCCCCCUUUUUGCUGCUUAGUUUGUUUCUUGGGACCUGUGCAAUGCUGGUAAAGGAAACGGGGAUCACCGUGUUUGGGGUCUGCUUGGUGUAUGAUGGAUUCCUGCUUUCCCAAAAUAGAGCCAGAUUGAAAAAUGGAGGGGUGCCUCAGAAGCUGUCUCGACGGCCUUCGUCUUCUCUGCCUGCCUCAUUGCAGCUUUCUUCAUCCAGCCGGGAGAACGGGAGGCACCGGGUGGCCCACAAAGGGACGUGGAACUCCUGCCACCCCGCUUCGCCCGAGGAGCGGCAGCACAGCAGCCCUUCCAUCCUGAGUAAAGCCGUAGUAGCUGUGCUCAGUUACAUGACAACAAGUAACAAACGGAAGUUCUUACAUACCACAAGACCUUUUUUGAAGAGGGCUGCCUUGGUACUUACAUAUGUGACCCUACUGCUGUAUUUCCGUCUCUGGAUCAUGGGAGGUUCCAUGCCAGCGUUUUCAGAACAGGACAAUCCAGCUUCCUUCUCGCCAUAUCUCCUUACAAGAUUUCUAACUUAUUCCUACCUCCUGGCCUUCAACGCUUGGCUUCUGCUGGCUCCUAUUACUCUGUGCUAUGAUUGGCAGGUUGGGAGCAUCCCUUUGGUGGAAUCUGUCUGGGAUGUGAGAAAUCUUGCCACCAUCCUCUUAGUGGUAGUAAUGCUCCUGCUUGGCCUACACUGUAUAGUAGCAUUCAAGAAACUGGAACACAGAGAAGUUCUAGUUGGCCUGUUGUUCCUGGUUUUCCCCUUCAUACCAGCUAGCAACCUCUUCUUCAGGGUGGGAUUUGUUGUGGCAGAGCGCGUCCUGUAUAUGCCUAGCAUGGGGUACUGCAUCCUCUUGGUUCAUGGCUUAAACAAGCUUUGCACAUGGCUGAACAAAUGGGGUGCCACUGCUGUGACAAUCUCAGCUUUGCUUCUGCUGUUGUUCUCUUGGAAAACUGUGAAACAGAAUGAAAUUUGGUUGUCAAGAGAGUCCCUUUUCAGGUCAGGAGUCCAGACUCUGCCCCAUAAUGCCAAGGUGCACUAUAACUAUGCCAAUUUUUUGAAAGACCAAGGCCGUGACCGUGAAGCCAUCUACCACUACAAAACAGCGCUUGAGUUGUAUCCCCGUCAUGCAAGUGCCCUGAACAACCUUGGGACAUUGACCAAAGACCUUGCAGAGGCAAAGGAGUACUACAAGAGGGCCCUCCAACUUAAUCCACAGCACAAUCGAGCUCUCUUCAAUCUUGGAAAUCUCCUCAAGUCCCAAGGGAAGAAGGGGGAAGCUGUUCUCUUACUGAGAGAUUCCAUUCGGUAUGGACCAGAGUUUGCAGAUGCGUACUCCAGUCUUGCUUCGCUCUUGGCUGAACAGGAGCAAUUAAAAGAAGCCGAGGAAGUAUAUCAGGCUGGAAUAGAAAACUGUCCAGAUAGCUCCGAUCUGCAUAAUAACUAUGGGGUUUUCUUAGUCGAUACCGGAUCUCCAGAGACUGCAGUUUCCCACUACCAGAAAGCCAUCCAGCUGAGCCCAAAUCAUCAUGUGGCCAUGGUGAACCUGGGGAGGUUGUACCGCUCCUUGGGGCAGAACAAAGAGGCUGAAACGUGGUACAAAAGGGCAUUGAAAGUGACACGAAAGCCUGAGAUUCUGACCCCCCUUGGAGCACUGUAUUACAACACAGGGAGGUAUGAAGAUGCAUUAAAGGUGUACAGGGAAGCAGCAGUGCUUCAGCCAUCCAACAAAGAGACGCGGCUGGCCCUGGCUCAGGUUUUGGCAAUGAUGGGGCAAACCAAGGAAGCUGAACAAAUGACCAGCCAUAUUGUGACUGAAGAGGCAGAGUGCCUGGAGUGUUACCGCCUUUUGUCAGCUAUUUACAGCAAACAAGAGAAUUACAACAAGGCACUUGAAGCCAUAGACAAAGCUCUACAGCUGAAACCAAAGGACCCUAAAGUCAUAUCAGAGCUCUUUUUCACUAAAGGAAAUCAACUAAGAGAGCAAAACCACUUGGACAAAGCUUUUGAGAGCUAUAAAGUGGCUGUAGACUUCAACCCAGAGCAAGCACAAGCCUGGAUGAAUAUGGGAGGCAUUGAACAUAUCAAGGGUAACUACAUCACUGCAAGGAACUAUUAUGAGAAAGCUUUACAGCUCGUUCCAAACAGCAAGUUGCUGAAAGAGAAUUUGGCUAAACUGGAUCGCUUGGAGAAACGGCUACAGAAUGUCCAAGAGAGAACAUAACAGGGCUAUCCCAAUAAAUGUAUGCCUCCCAGUGAUGAGCAAGUGCUGUAAAAACCACAGUUUUCCUUCAAGACAGCAGGCAACUGAAAGAAGCUAUAGGUGCAGUGGAGAACUAAAAUAAGAGGGAUGUAUAUGGGAAUGGCACCUAAGCUGCCAAAGCUAAUGGCAUCCUCCUGCUGUUGGUCUUUGGAUAUGCUGUCACAUGGGUGAAGACCUGAUCAUAAUCCAAGUUGCUGCUUAGGUGGAUUUGCCUCAUACUACUUUCUUCAACAUUUAUAGAGAGAAUUCUUCUAUAUCUCUGACUCUUAAAAAUGGGCACUGGAAUGAUGGUUGGAAGUGAACAAAUGGUGUGAUGCACUGAGGGCUCAAUGGGAUGGUCCUCUUGGCUCAGUCUUGCUAUAGGAAUACGUUACCAGAAUGGGCAUCAGGACUAAGUGUCUGGAUAGCCAAGAAUAUUGUUGCAGCAAUCAAUAAGAAACCAUUGGAAGAGGCUGCAGUAGCCAUAGCUGAGGAAAACAUCAGCCAUCUUAAGCUUUCUCAGUGAUUAUUCUUGUAAGACCUGGGAAAUAAUAGUCCAUCGUCCAAGAUGGAAAUUCAUACACCUUAAUUUUCUGCUAAGUAUUUUGAUCAUGAGAGUGAUUCCAGAAAAAGAAGCCCUGCAUUCAAAACAUUGUUUUGUGGUGUUUAGUAUAUACAAGAUAUCACACCAGUAGUUGGAGUUUAGGGGUUAUUCUUUUCUCAAAGUAGCAAGCUUGCUUUGCUGAAAACAGAUUCAUUGGAUGGAAAAGAACAUCUCUACAAAUUGCUCAAGCACUUCAGAUCAUUUCAUUAAUGUUAGGGGAUUGUAGUUGCUCUUUUAAAAAUUAUUAUGUUACUCAAAACAUAGGAACCAUGCACAUGGGAUUUCCCUUGCUCACCCACAGACCUUGUGCUACCUUAGAGACAGAUCCCUGUGUUGGGAGAGGAGCAUUUGAGGGAUGGCACAAAGGCUUCUGUGAGAAGAAGGCCUUAGAAAGCCCCUGAGCACAUUGAACCUUCCUUAGUGGCCUUUGUACUCUGGCAUCAAUUGGGAGUUUCUGGGAGAUCUAGUGUGGAAAUAAUUUUUUCCAAGGUCACUUGAUUUGUUUAUGAGACUUGGAACAAGUGAGGAAAGGGAUUUUUGAGACAUCUUUUCUUUUUGACAUUUAGAAAUGUUAUCUCCUCUUUUCUCCACAAAACAAAUAUAUGAGAGAGAAGAGAAUUCGUAUUAUGGAGUUUGAAUAUUUCAUAUUUGAGUGUUAUUUAUUGAACAUAAUAAAAUGUCAUAUAUUUCACUUUUCUCUGUGAGGAAAAAAUAGGUGGUUCAUUUCAUAACUGGAAAAGUAGCUGAACACGUGGCUGUUGCUCUUUAUUUUUAUGAAGUUGGAGAAGGUAGCAACCACGAGGUGACAGGGGAAUGUAUGUAAAAUUACUCUGUUGAUAUUCCUAGAGCAUUCAAACGCCUCCAGUGUUUGAUGCAUACUUCUACUCUUAACCAUUUUCUGUGGGUUGAGAUAAACAAAGUGGCAGCCUACUCAAAUAAGGAUUCAUUCAAGAGCUCAGCUGUCAUGUUCAUUGACUUGGAUUAUGAUCCUCCAUCAACAUAGCUCUUGCAUGUUGGGUUGUGUCAAUGGGUAAUCUGACUGCUGCUCUAUCUAAGAGCUGACCAUCAGCCAUGUUGGGUGGGGAGAAUGGGAACUAUAGUCUAGAUCAGGCAUGGGCAAACUUUGGCUCGCCAGGUGUUUUGGACAUCAACUCCCACAAUUCCUAACAACCUGCUGUUAGGAAUUGUGGGAGUUGAAGUCCAAAACACCUGGAGGGCCAAAGUUUACCUAUGCCUGAGCUAAAUAAUGUGGAAGGCAACAGAUUGGAGAAGGCUGUUGUGGAAUUUCUGUCAAUGAGCGAAUAUGGAAGACCAUUUACAAUCUGAUAACAUAUCAUUUGGUAACUAGCCCAUUUGGUAACUAUAAGUCUGCACAUACUCAUAAUUGCUGUAGAAACUUGAAUCAAAUUUCAAAUGCCUGAGGCCAUUCUAGAAUAGCAAAGGCACGGCUCUCAAGAUUUUUGGAUGUUUCUGGUGAAAGAUUUUGUUGUGCAGUCACUCUGCCUGAUUAAUUGAAUUUCCCAGGAAUCCAGAAUAGGGUGUAAAUCUUUACUUUUGUUUCAGCAUGCAAGAACAAUGUUAAAAAUGGCUGCCGAUUGAGAUUACAAGAGUCUUGUGCAUUUUCUAAAGGGUUUCAUUUGGUAAAACAACCCUCCAACGUUUUUGCACAUUUCUUUCCAUGAAAUAAUGAUUUUGCACAAAAUCCUAUAAAAACAAUAACCAAAAGCUACUGGUCUCUUACUGUUAUGCAAGGGUGAAAGGUCUUAUGACUGCCUUGUUUUUUUUUCAUUCUAUCAAUAUGAAAAAAUAUGAUUUUUUUCCAAUAUUUUUGGUUCUGACAGUGAAAUUUUUCAUUUGUAAUGCUUCAUGUUUUCCAAACUUUUUAAAGGAAGGGUGUCUUACUACAGAAAACUUGUUAAGAAUAGCGUUAUAAUGCUUUUUGAUUGGUACCAUUAGGAAGCCUUCUGCAAGCAAUCUUUAUUGAUGAAAAUAAGUUUACUUUGAAGGUCCUUAAUUGUUAAGUAGUAUUAUCUGGUGAAAUAAGAGCUGGGAGAUCGGGGUGGGGGUGGGGGGUGGGUGGUGGUGGUGGUUGUCAAGCUCUGUGUUUACUGUGCCAGCACAUGUGUGUUAGCCUCAGUUACUCAUCUGCAAGAUAGAUAUAGCAGAGUAUAUAGUAUUUCAUAGGAACAUUGUGAUGGAAUACAAGAAAAAGGUAAGCCACACAACAUAUUACAACAGCUAUGUAAAUCAGGAAUGAUGGUGUAUACAGAUAAAGGUUUUGAUACUACAAGAAGGGGAGUACAUUUUAUUUUAUUUUUUCAUAUCAUUCUGAACUUUUGAAAUAGGUGGUAUAGAAAUCAGCAGGAAGUCUUUGCAUGUUAGAGUGAUCUAGUCCAUGAAUCAGACCUACUAUACCAUCCACAUUUGUUGAGCAUGUCAAAUAGUGAGGUUUAUUUUCUUUUAAAGUACAGUUGAGUAUGAAUAUUCCAAGUAAAAUUAUUGUGGCAAACGCAGCAUAGUUGCCUAGGAGGUUCUACUGAACAUAGGAAGUACUUCCUGGUAGUUUGUGCAAAUAAGCUGAUAUCCAAUAGACAUUAACACAGAUUUUAUAUGGGUUUACCAAAAGCACUUGUGUGCCUUUCUCAUGUUGUGGAUAUGCAUGCAUGAAAGGUAGAAAUGUAGUUUUAAAAGGUGUUUGCAUUUGUCAUUAUUUUAAAUCAAUUAAAACAAUGCAGGAAUGUUGGGUGUAAGAGUGUGGAUUUACAACUAUAUAUGUUUCAAUCUUCCUAGUUUUUUUUCCUUUACAUAUUAGUGAACAGAUAGAGUCCAGCUGAAAACCCAUUCUCAGUCCACUUAUUGCCUUCCCCCUAUUGAAUUGCACAAAGUUGUAACUUAUUUUUAAAACCUCUCAUUUGCAAAGAAGUACCCAAAGGGUUUUCCAUGCCUUCACCUUAAGGACUUCUUCUUCAACCAUCUCCAUUUUCUACUCAUGCCACUGGUACAGAUAAACAUUGUCAAUUGCUUGCCUAACAGAUUUCUUUCAAUGCCCUCCUUCUUUUAUUUGUAGUGUAACUGACAUGGUUUUGGGAAAAUUCCUUUCAGUGACACCAAUACUAGGCAAAUUUCACUUGUCCACUUCUUUCCUUUCUAUAUUAUGCUAUGUUACUCUGAAGAGCAUUGAGGUAGAACAGAACUGAGAUAUACAAUAAUGAAAAAGCCAGCAGGGAGAAGAAUCAACAAGCAGACAGAUUAAUUGAUUUGGCCGUUUCAUUAGAGUAGAAGAUAAAAGUUUGAAGGAAGUAUUGUGAAGAACAAAGAUGAUGGUCUUCAAUGUUUGGUCAGAUAUUUUGGAAUUCAGGAAGACUAGGAGUUGAAGCACAAAAUAUAUGGAGAGCCAGAGGCUGAAAGCUCCUGGAGAAUAGAUGUGGAAUUGCAUCAUUGUAUGGGGUAGUGGUUCUCAAUCUGUAGGUCCCCUCAGGUGUUUUGGCCUACAACUCCCAGAAAUCCCAGCCAGUAUACCAGCUGUUAGGAUUUUUAGGAGCUGAAGGCCAAAACAUCUGGGGACCCUUAGGUUGAGAACCACUAUAUAGGGGAAUAGAUGGGGAAAGCCUUGUGCUGAACAAGCUUGGCAGGCUGAGGUAAUUUUUAAAGCAGAACAUAAUGUAUAGAUGAUAAAAUAUGCAUCAGGAUCUUGUCUAUUUCCUUCACAGUUGCCCAUCCAAAUUCUAAUCUUCUUAUUCAUUUACUUUGAAGUUAUACGAGGGUUAGCCAGAAAGUAGAUUACAUUUUGGAAUUAAAAAUGAACAAAGUAUAGGAGAAAACAUUUACCAUAUGCAGUUGAAAGCCACACCCAAAUACCACUUCUCAACAUAGUCGCCAUUCAAAUCUAAGCACUUAUCAUAGCGAUGAAUGAGCUUGGCAACUCCUUUCCCACAAAACUCUGCCACUUGCGUCCUCAACGCAGUGUUUUGGCAACGAUGCGCAGCUGUGAGAAGGGGUGACCGGCUGGUUGAGGACGCAAGCGGCAGAGUUUUGUGGGGAAGGAGUUGCCAAGCUCAUUCAUCACUAUGAUAAGUGCCUAGAUUUGAAUGGCGACUGUGUUAAGAAGUGGUAUUGUGGGUGUGGCUUUCAACUGCAUAUGGUAAAUGUUUUCUCCUAUACUUCGUUCAUUUUUAAUUCCAAAACAUAAUCUACAUCUUAUUUGGCAUCUAGAAAAUUGGUCUUAUUUUGACACUGGAACUGCUUCAAAUGUCACUACUGUUUAGACACAGGAAGGCUUGAACUGGUCAUUAAAUGUUUUCUACACUUUGCUCUAUAUAGUAUAUAUAGUCUAUUUUAAUUGGCAGUUGCUCUCUAGCAUCUCAUGCAGUAGUUUUCCCAUCACUUAUUUUUUAUGCGUGCCUUCAAAUCCCUUGUCAGUUUAUGAUGAUCCCAUGAAUUUCAUAGGGUGUUCUCAUGCAAGGAAUCCUUAGAGCAGCUUUUGCCAGUUCCUUUCUCUGAACUAUAGCCUACAUUGCUUUGCAUUCAUUAACAAUCUUUCAUCCAAGUACCACCCAAAGCUCACCCUGCUUCGCUUCCCAGAUCAAUGGGAUUUGAUGCCAUUAGGGUAUUUAGGGUUGUUACAGGACCUUUAAAAAUUAGAAGCAUCAGGAAUUGAGUUUGUGGUCUUCUGCAUACAAAGUAUGUUCUGUCCCAAUGCAGCAGAUGCAAACUGGCUAUCAUAAGAAAUAGAAGGCCUAUGAUGGCCACUGUGGCUCUUUUUCUAGCAGCAAGUUAUGGCAAUGGUAUAGCAUAUGGGGAUAUGAAACUUAGAAAACCAAUGUGCUCCAUGACCAUGAUACCAUGAAAAUAUUGUGUGAUGUUGUUUCCAAUAUCAGGUCUGAAAAGCUUGAAUCUGUACACAGUCUGUAAUUCAAAUCCUUUGAAAAGCCAAGACUUAGUGAAGUUCCUUGUUUUUGUUUUGGGCUACAGCUCCCAGAAUUUCUCUAACAGCCAUGGGGACAAAAUAAUUCUCUUGCUCUUCAGAAAGAAACUUUUCCAAGCUUUGCUCAGAAUUCACCAAAGUCCUUGCAUGCUUUGACACUUGUUUGCCUUGCACUGUGUAUUUGACUUAUUGCUCAUUUGCUUUUUAUCUGUGAAAACUGAUCCUUGGGGGAUGCGUAUUUUUGGCUUGGGGGAAGUGCAAUAGUCAACCAUCUGCUUUCCUGUGAACCUAGCAACAAGCAGCAUCAAGAUCACUUGCUUUGGCUUAUUAAUGGUUUUUGACAAGUAUCAGUGUUUUUGAUGGUAUAAUCUCUGCAAAUAUGUGCUGAGCUUUCUUGUGGUGUCCAUAUCGGAUUUGUCAGAAAUUCCUUUUUGAGAACUAUCUCUGGAUCAUGAGCUCUUGCUUCUCAAAACAUGUUAGAAAUAACUGCUGAAACAAACUGCCAUAACUCAAUUUCACCAAACAGGCAUUCAUUGCAUAGUAGUUGUAGUGUUUCUGUCUUUGCAUCUCUUUCCCCCUUAAUUUAAAGGAUUGCUUAUUUUUGUUUAAUAAAUGCACAAUUUAGCAGUGGGAUGUAUAUCCGUGAUAACAGGAUUUGGAGAGUCCUUUAUUUUCUUUGUCAACUUAUGAAUAAAAUUUACUUACAAAAGUUAUGAUCAAAGAUGACUUUCAACAAAGCAGAUGUAUAUAAAUGUCUAUUUUAUAUAAAAAUGAAAAAUGUG